AGAGACAGCAGCAAUAAAGCGGCCGAGCUGGGUGUCCGCAAUAAGCCUGGCGGGAGCAGGAAUCCCACCCAGCGCCCCUGAAGCGGGAUUUGCUCUACGUGACCCUGCAAACCCGGAGGAAGGUUCCCGGCCCCGUGCAGGGCUGGCAGAUCUGGGGGAGUAGAGGCGGAGGUGCCCCGCUGAGCGUGCCCGCACUUUGGGGCCAGGGCCCGGCAGCAAAGGACACCGCUGCGCCCCGGCGCAGGCAGCCCCCCUGCGGCGGCGGCGGCUGGGCCCAGCCUGCCCCGUCCUCCCCGCCAGGCCCCGCCUCCAUUCUCCGCCCCCACGGGAGGCUCCGGCAGUGCCCCGCACCUCAGCGCUCGGACCGGACUGCGAGGGGAGCUGGUCCCAGCCUGAAGCGCAGCAGCACCGAGCCAGCCCCGGGCCUUGAACCCCUUCAACCCGCCGCCCCCCAGGCUCGCUCGCUCUCUCCCCCCCUCCCCCGGUCUUGUCCCUCCAGCAGCUCGGGCCGCCGCCGCCAUGGUGAAAGUGUCGUUUAACUCCGCCUUGGCGCAGAAGGAGGCAGCCAAGAAGGACGAGGAGAACAGCCAGGUGCUCAUCCUGGGCCCGGACCCCAAGGACCCUGAAGCUGUGGUGCCUGUUGGACAGAGGAGAGCUUGGUGUUGGUGUAUGUGCUUUGGAGUGGCUUUUAUGCUUGCUGGUGUGAUACUUGGUGGUGCCUAUCUGUACAAAUAUUUUGCAUUCCAGCAAGGUGGUGUGUAUUUCUGUGGAAUAAAAUAUAUUGAAGAUGACUUAACUCUGACUGAGCCUGAUGCACGUGCUCCAGUUGCUCGCUACCAGACAAUUGAGCAAAACGUUCAGAUCCUUGAGGAGGAGGAUGUUGAAUUCAUCAGUGUGCCUGUCCCAGAAUUUGCUGACAGUGAUCCAGCAGACAUUGUUCAUGAUUUCCACCGGAGACUCACAGCCUACCUCGACCUUAGCUUGGAUAAGUGCUACGUGAUUCCUCUAAACACUUCAGUUGUUAUGCCACCAAAAAAUUUCUUGGAGUUGCUGAUCAAUAUAAAGGCUGGAACAUACUUGCCUCAGUCCUAUCUGAUUCAUGAACAGAUGAUUGUUACUGAUCGCAUUGAAAAUGUGGAUCAGUUGGGGUUCUUUAUUUAUCGUCUGUGCCGUGGCAAGGAAACCUAUAAACUACAGCGCAAAGAAACCAUGAAAGGAAUUCAAAAGCGUGAAGCCACCAAUUGCCGAAAGAUUCGACACUUUGAGAAUAGGUUUGCUAUAGAAACACUCAUUUGUGAACAGUAAUGGAGAAUAUUACUGUAACAGAAGACUGAAAGAUUACAGUAUGAUCCCACUUUGUAUUGUGUGCAGUGAUUAUUUUUUUAAAUCUUCUUUUACGUAAGUAGUGGACAGGGCUUUAUUGCUGAACAUCUUAAACACUUUUCAUCUCAUGAUAAAUUUUAAAUAUGUUUUAGGGUUUUUUCUUAUUUUCAAGUGUGGUGCCCUUUUUAUAUUUGAAUAGCAAUUGUAUAAAGUCUUAGUUACUAGUGCAUUUCAUGUGAUGAAUCUUGAAUACUACGAGGAAGAUAAAGUCUCUGAAAUAUCUGCCAGUUUUAAUUAAGUAAAAUUGAAAAGAAUUAUUAAUCUGGAGAAAAAUAUGUACAAAUGGACUGAAAGAACUACUUCUAACUGUAAUAUUCUAAGCUAUAUAGUUUGUUACAGUAUAUAGAUAAACAUAUAUUUGAAUUUCUCCUCACUAAAAUGUGCAAUUUGGUUUUUUUAAAUCUUGUCAUAUUUACCUUUUCAAAUUGAUUUCUGACUUGAUGUUUUAAUAUGGCAAGUGUCUGCUGUAACUAUCUUUAGAAAAUGUAAGGAAAUUAAGCAGUAACUUGUUACUAACUUUUAUAUAAUCCAUGUAUGUGCAAUGGAAAAUAAAUCUUACAAACCUGUUUGUCUAAAAGUCUUCUUGGGUUCUCUUUUGCUAUAAUUAAUUUAGGGGGAAAAUUAAUGCUUGUUCCACAUGAAUGAAGCCAUAUAUUCUCCAGAAAUUUGACCGAAUUAGAUGAUUUGUCCCACCAAUAGCUUUCUUAGAUGAGUGGUGAAAUUAAAUCAAAAUACAGUACAUUAUUGUAAUAUGGAAGAUCAACAAGAAGCACACUGUUCAUUUUGGCUGUUCAUUUAAAAUGAGUAUUGUGCUACCCAUUUAAAUUGUGUGUUUUUUACACUGCACAUACCAUAAUAAGAGAAGACCUAAGGUUGGCUUACUCAUCAUAGUUGGUUAAUUUUUAAUAAACUCUUGUUAUAUCACCAUAAUUUACCGUCAUUGUAUAUUUGUAAAUCUGCAUAUUGCAUUCAAUAGCUGUAGAAUACAAAGCAUUCAUACUAAUUAUGGAGAUAGGAUUGUGUCAGCCACUGCAAAGGUAUGAAGUGUAUUAGCAAGGUUGUUGGCCAUCAGUGUUAAACUGCUUUAUAUAAUGAUCAGUUUUUAAUAAAGCACAUGAAGCCUUGAUAUGUUUGCAGCUUUGAUAAAAUACAAAUACAAAGAUUCCCUGUGAAAGAAGCUCUGAUGACUUUUCCCUCAUAUAAAAACAUCUUAGUAUAAGAUUACCUAAGAUGUUAACUUUUUCUAAAACUGUUUUUUAAAACCAAUGUUUUUUACUUAUGUAUAUCUUGUAUUUAUCACAGACAAACGAAACACUUGAAUUCUAAAAACUAAGAAUAAAACUUCAAACUUUAGGAGCCCAAAGUUAGACACUUAAGCCCACGUCCUCAACUGGUGUAAAUUGGCUUAGCUCCAUUAAAGUAAUUGGAGAUAGACUGAUGUAUGCCAGCUGAGGACGUGGUCCAUAAAUUCAUAAUUAGUCACCUACAGUAAAAGUGGCCUGAUUUUUUUUUCUUUUUUAAUUUUCUCUUCCCUUCUCCAUGAGUGUUGCACUCACAACUCCCAGAGAAACCGAUAGAAACUGUAGGUUCUCAUAAUCCUUAAAAAUCAGGUCACUUUUAUUUAGGUGCUCAAAUAUGGACUCUAAGCAUGUAAGUUUCAAAUUUCUGGCCCAAGACUUAUUUGUUUUCCUUACUGCUAUUUUGAGGCUGGAUUCAGUUAAAAAAGUACGCUACCUCCCAUAAAAAGGCUAUUAGGAGAACCUCCAAAGAUCCAUUUUUGAGCUGUGGCAUGGGCAAGGGAACUGGACCCUAUUUACUAUAUUGAUUUUUGGACAUUGAUAUAUUAGAAAGCAGAAAUACUUAGGGAAAAUAUGCCAAUGUUUAGCUGCUUGAUGUAUGCCUAUUUUUAAAAAUAAUGUAAUAUUAUGGGAGUCUGUAUCUUACAUUAAUAUAAAGUUUCUUAACUGAA